CGGCCGCGUGUGUAGUCAGUUGUUCUAGUGCCGUCUGCCGAUCGCACGGCAUUGACAAUAUGAAAACCACGGUUGCCGUUACAUUAUUUAUAGGAGUGUGUCUACUCGAAAAAGUUACCCCUCUGAACAUCCUAACAAUAUUCCCUUACCAAGGGAAAAGCCACUUCUUCGUUUUCGAUCCGUACUUGAAAGAAUUGGCGAGGCGUGGUCACAAUGUCACGGUCAUUUCUUACUUCCCCCAAAAAACUCCUGUGGAGAACUUCACCGACAUAAGCCUAGCUGGCAAAGCGAAAGUGUUGGAAGAAGUUUUCCCUCUGUCCAGAUCCUAUUGGACGUUCAUACAGAUUUCGCUGUUCCUUUUCAAUUUUGGUGCGGCCAACUGCAGAACACUUCUGGGAGACGAGCAAGUGCAGAAUUUAUGGAAGACCAAGAGAAAAUUUGACGUAAUUGUGGUGGAACAAUUUAACAGUGACUGUUCUGUAGGACUGGCUUACCAAUUGGGAGCACCAGUUGUGGGCAUUACGUCACACACACUAAUGCCUUUUCAUUAUGACCGUUUCGGUAUAGCAUACAAUCCGUCAUAUGUGCCGGUACAAUUUUUCGAAGGAGGAACAAAACCAACAUUUUACCAACGUAUCGAACGAACCGUGGUGUAUAUCUAUAUAAAUUUGAUGUACAAAUAUUUAAGUCAACGGAAUGAUGAAAACACAUUGAGACAGUACUUCGACAACGUGCCGCCUUUAGAAGAUCUGGCGAAUGAAAUAAAAUUCAUACUCCUGUACCAACACUUUACUCUGACUGGAUCGUCGUUGUACCCAGCUAAUGUGAAAGAAGUAGGAGGAUAUCACGUUGCGAAACCAAAAGCACUUCCAGAUGCUAUCGAAAAGUUUAUAGAAGAAUCAGAGCAUGGAGUUAUAUACGUCAGUUUCGGAUCUAUGCUUAAGGCGGUACUGACGCCUAAAGAGAAAGUCGAGGCGAUAAUCGGUGCCUUAUCAGAACUACCCCAGAGGGUAAUAUGGAAAUGGGAGGAGAAGACUUUACCGGGCAACCCUAAAAACAUCUACUUAUCAAGCUGGCUCCCACAAAACGACAUAUUGGCUCAUCCGAAGGUAUUAGCAUUCUACUCCCACGCUGGCAUGCUUAGCACUACGGAAGCAUUCUAUCAUGGGAAACCUGUGGUAGCAAUGCCGAUAUUCGGAGACCAGCCAUCUAACGCGGCUGCCAUAGAAGAAAGCGGUCUGGGAGUCAUGCUGGACUUCUCUGAACUCACUAAGGAGACGCUACUGCAAAAGCUGAAGACUGUAUUGGAUCCAGAAUUUCGCAAGAAAGCUAAACAAAUCUCCCAAGUGUGGCACGAUCGUCCCAUGUCACCCCUAGACAGCGCCAUCUAUUGGACGGAAUACGCCGCGAGGAACAGCAACUUCACAUUCCGGUCAUCAUCAGCCAACGUCCCCAUGUUUCAAUACUUGUGCUUAGACGUUGUAUUAUUCUUUUUAGCAUUUAUUCUAGUCAUUUUAUAUGUUCUUAAAUCCGUAAUUUCGAUACUUUGUAGCCGACCAGGUAAAGUCGAUAAAAGAAAAAAUAAAAGAGAUUAAUUGUGUUUUAAUAAAUAAUUUUAU